AAAAGACAUGGACGAGCGCUUGGCCGUGGUGCACGUGGAGGCGACGCAAGUCGACCGGUUCCGCACCAGAAUCAACGCUCUGGGCGGCGCUACCGUCGCCUCUGUCGCACCACCGCUUCUCUAUGUGCGCUACGCAGCGGCCCAGUGGCCAUUGCUCCAGGAUCUCUGCUGCGCUGGGCGCAUCGCCGCCCACCGCGUGUACGAAGUCGACGCGACGUGCCGGGACCCUGGCUGGAUUCCAUACAGUGCAGCGAUGCAAUCGACGCGACGUGCGACCUUUCGUGUGGUUGCGUACCCGAGCUCCCUCCAAAGUGGCCUCGUCGCUCUCCUCGCUGAGCAAGGCAUCGCGACGGACCCCAAGCGCUACACCCACGAGCUCCACGCCGUGCACGACGCACCGGUCUUCCGCUUUGGUGUCGUGCCGCGCCGAGUCAUUGCGGAGGCUCCGCUGGCGGAUGCGGUGCCGUGCCGGGCCUACCACAAACUUGCCGAGGCGCUUCUCGACCAGACGCCGUUUCCGACUGGCUACCGAGCGAUCGACAUUGGCGCGUCACCGGGUGGUUGGACCGAGUUCUUGUCGUCGGCGGGAGCGGCUGUCGUCGCCGUGGACCCCGGCGAGCUCACGGUGGCGCACCCGAACGUACUGCAUUUGCCACUGCUCCUCGAGCAUGCGCUCGACCAGAUUGCGGCCAUGGACAAGUUUCACGUGUGCGUGUGUGAUAUCAAUAUUCGCCCGCAGCUCAUGGCCUCGCUGAUUGCGUCGGUGGCGCCGCAUUUGCAUCCGCACGCAAUCGUCGUGCUCACGCUCAAGCUCAGCAAGCGCCCGACUGACGCUGCCGUCGACCAAGCGAUCCACGACGUCUGCCUUGCCCUCGACGACGAGUUUGAGCACUUUCGCAUCGAGUGGCUCCACGCCAACACGGUCAACGAGCGCACGCUCUUUGCCCGAAAGAAAGCGAUCGCCGACGACCGAUCCGCGGGCGACCUGGCCGCGCACUAGCGCAGUACGCGCCGACAUAUAUAUUACAUGUGCAUGCCCCAG